UGACAGACAGAGCACCACAGCGAGAGAGAGAGAGAGGAAAAGUGUGUCAUGAUAGCGUUCUGUCGGCUCUGUUGGAGGAAUUCCCCUGCGGUGGUGUGUCACAAGUGACGAGUGGACGUGGAGAGGUGACACCCGAGGAGUGAGAUCCAGACAGGACCGCGCACCAGGGACGCGACUCCGAGCGCCGCUCGCUCCCGACAUGACAGCUCAUCCGCUUGGAAAUUAAACACAAAGUGACAGGGGAACAAAUUGAGGACCUGCAGCCAAAGGGGGAGGACCCAGUGGGACUGCUGGACUCUCUCUCAUCUCAUCUCAUCCCCUCUCUUUCUCUCACUCACUCUCUCUCUUUCUCUCACUCUCUCUCUCUCUCUCUCUGUUACUCAUCCCCUUCUUCCUUCUGUCCCAGCUGCUCUGAUGGCAGCCAAUAUCUGCCCCUCUCCAGGAGCCAGCCAGCGGGACAGCCUCUCGUCUCACCUUUAACCUUUAACCUCCGCGUCACCUCUCACCUGAUCCUCCACUCCAGAGCCCUCAGAGUGCCCCCUCACCUGGGACACACGGACUCAGCACAGAAUGUUCUGGAAGCUGGCCUUAGCCAUGCUGCUGGCAUGGAGCCUGUGCAAGACGGCCGACUCUAAGAAGUCCAGGGGGCCACAGGGCUCCAUCCCGUCGCCCUACAAGCUGAAGGGCAACAGCCUGGCGGUGGCCCAGACCCCGGCGCUGCUGCAGCCCAUGGGCAAGCCCGAGGUGCUGGCGUCCAGCCGCGAGGCCCUGGUGGUCACCGAGCGCAAGUACCUGCGCAGUGACUGGUGCAAGACGCAGCCGCUGCGGCAGACGGUCAGCGAGGAGGGCUGCGUGAGCCGCACGGUGGUCAACCGCUUCUGCUACGGCCAGUGCAACUCCUUCUACAUCCCGCGACACAUCCACACGCCGUCCUCGUCGCCAUCGUCCUCCUCCUCCUCCUCUUCCUCGUCCGGCCAGCGGCAGCACCGUCAGAGGCGCAAGCAGCCCGCGCACGGAGCCUCCUUCCAGUCCUGCGCCUUCUGCCGGCCGCACCGGGUCACCACGGUGACGCUGCGCCUGCACUGCCCGGGCCUGGACCCGCCGUUCCGCCACCGGAAGGUGCAGCGCGUCAAACAGUGCCGGUGUGUGUCGGUCAGCGUCAACGACACACAGUGAGGCGCUAUUGGGGGGG